AUGAACGAACCCUGGCUGGAACCGUCGCCAGGCGGCGCGUUCACAGACACGCCUUGCCCAGACGAUCUCAUCCCGCAAAUGGGCGGCUUAGGUGCAAUGGAUUCAAAUCUGAAUCCGAUCCAACAUGCGUCCCUCACACACUCCGCCGGCGUGUUCCGCGCCCUUCAACAGUCGACUCAUGAAACCGAAACUCCGCAUAGAUCUGCCCGCGCGCUGCAGGAUUUGACGACAUCCGCAACAACCGAUCCAGCCGCAGCCGCCCUGUCCGCUCCGCCUCCCGCGCCUUUCCCCCCGCCGCCCCCGCGCAUGGUCAAUCUGCUCCAAGGUGCCCCCCCGCCGUCCGUGCCCAAGCUGGGCGUUCUCUCGGGCUCCGUCGCUCCCGCGGCGGCCCCCAACGCGCCGCUCAUCGAUGCGCCUCCCCCGCAACCGCCCAACGCGCCUCCACCUAUCGCAGCGCAACCGCCGCCAGUUACGGUGCCGAAACCACCAAGUUUCAAGGGCAGACCGCCGCCGGCGGUGAAUCCGCCGUCUAAGUCGCGGGGGGGCAAGCCGCCAGCUCCGGUACUGCAAAUUCCCCCUAAUGCGCCGCCCCCGCUUCCGCCCGUCAUAGAUGCGCCUCCCCCUGUUCUCCCCGAUCCCCCUCCGCCGAUGAUCGAUAUCCAGCCUGCGCCCCCUCCCGAGAUUAUCUUCCCCCCUCCUGACACCUACGCUCGUGCGCCCGCCGCGGCCAAAGCUGCGCAACCCGCCGCCGCCAAAGGCGCCUCCGCCGCGCGGGGAAGCUCCCGCCCCUGCGCCUAUAUUCAUCCCCACCCCGCCGCCUCUCUCUCCCCCUUUCAACAACAUGCCGUCCCCGCCAUUAAUCGGCGAGAGGAGGAGGAGGAGGGAUUCCCGCCGCGAGGCAGCACGUCUGACUUCUACGCGCUGAAAGGCAACGGCAUGUACGCUGAAAGCUUCUACACGACAGCGUCAGGCCAGGGAGGGUCGAGUUACCCUAUGUUACCGCCGCCCAACCCGUACGCCGUGGUUCCCAUCGGUUCCCACAUGAUGCUCCCCCCAGACGACCCCUCCGCGGGCUCCGCCUCCGCAGCCGCCGCCGCCGCCGCGGGGAUGGGCGUGGGGAUGGGUAUGGGGGCGGUAGCAGCAGGGGCGGGGGCAGCAGGCGCGAGCAGCAGGGGGCAGGAGAAUCAGAAUCAGAUGCAAUCGCAAUCCUGGUUUUCGUAUGAGGAGCUAGAGCAGGCUACGGGGGGGUUUGCAAGGACGAAUCUGCUGGGGGAGGGAGGGUUCGGGAAGGUGUACAAAGGGGUGGUGAGGGAUGGGAAGGAGGUUGCGGUGAAGGUGCUGACGAUCGGGGGCGGGCAGGGGGAAAAAGAAUUCCGGGCAGAAGUGGAGAUUAUUAGUAGGGUGCACCAUAGGCACCUGGUGACGCUGCUGGGGUACUGCAUUGGGGGCGAUCAACGGCUGCUGGUUUAUGAGUUUGUGCCGAAUGGGACGCUAGAGGCAGCGUUGCAUGGCAAGAACGCGCCGGUGAUGAGCUGGGCUUUAAGGAUGAAGGUGGCCAUAGGAGCGGCUAAGGGGCUGGCCUACCUGCACGAGGACUGCCAUCCGCGCAUCAUUCACCGUGACAUCAAGUCGUCCAACAUCCUGCUCGACCAGCAGUACGAGGCUCAGGUGGCGGAUUUCGGACUGGCCAAGCUGGCGACGGAGGGAGCCACUCACGUGUCGACACGUGUCAUGGGGACGUUCGGCUACCUGGCACCAGAGUAUGCCAUGAGUGGCAAGCUCACAGACAAAUCAGACGUGUUCUCCUUCGGAGUCGUGCUGCUGGAGCUGGUGACGGGGCGCAAGCCAGUCGACGCCUCACAGCCGCCUGGCCAGGAGAGCCUUGUGGAGUGGUCCCGUCCCCUGCUGGCCAGCAACCAGGUGGACGUGCUGGUGGAUGCACGGCUGGAGGGGCGGUACGACGAGGAGGAGAUGGAGCGAGCCAUUGCCACGGCGGCUCUCUGUGUUCGGCACUCUGCCAAUCUGCGACCCAAGAUGGGACAGGUGGUGCGCAUGUUGGAGGGCAGUGGCAGUGUGAACGACAUGCGAUCAGCAUCAGCACCCGGGCAGAGCACCAUGUUCAACGACCACCCCUUUGGCGGGCCCACUCAGGACUUUGACUCAGCAAUGUAUUCCGCUGAGAUGCGCCAGCAGUACAUGAUGCCACAUCAGCAGUCGCUGACUCAUCAGUCGUCGUCGCUGACUCACCAGCAGUCGUUUGAGCAUGAGCAGCAGUACGGGGGAGCGAGUGGGUACGGUACGGAUAGCGGGUUUGAAGAUGGCUAUGCCGGUGGCUCGGCGGGUGGUUCGGCAGGAGGUUCGGUGGUGGGAGGUUCGGCGAGUGGGAGGGGGUUCGUUCCUGGAAGCAGCCGGUUUGUUGGCCAGCCUUUGGAAACGAUUCCCUCCAAUCCCAACAGUGCAGAGUUCACCGACAGAAGCAGAGAGCAGUACUGA